AUGAGAGUAGUGAUUCUAGAAGGCAAGGUCAACCAGAGUCUCUUCUUUUGUCAACAGUGGAUUAUCCUCUCAAAAAAGCUAGUUCUUGAAUUAGCGCACAAAAAAAUACCAAAACAAUCGAACCAAACAGGCGAACAAGUUGCAGGUUGUGCUCCACCUGGAACGUCCUCCACCAUUUUGACGAUUGCUUUGGUCUGUACAUUGGUUCCUUUGUUUAUUAUUUUAAUUGUGGUUGCCAUUGUGUUGAGAAUUUUGAGAAACAGAAUUCCAGCAUUGGAUGCAUGUUGGACGGCCGAGUGUGGACGAGCAGGAGGAGGAGGAGGAGGAGGUUUAGGAAAAGGUUCAAGGCAUCAUCAUCACCAUCAUCAUCACACUUCUCAUCAUCAUCAUUAUGGAGGUGGUGGUAGUGGAGCUUCUUCAGGAUUUGCUCGUUAA